AUGUUCACACCCUUUGGAACCCUGGCCUCUAACCAGACUGCAGCAUGGCAUCCAGAGCCUCGCGAACGAGGCACGUUUAGCAUCUUGUCGUCCUGUGUAACGACUCUGGUGCUUUGUGUUUGGACAGCCGUGCAUCUCAACAUUCCGAAAACGGGCAAGGAACAUCUACAGAAGUAUCGUAAAGCCGGAUGGUUGGUUCUAGGCCUCCUCGCACCAGAACUCGUCGCUUGGAACGCUUGGGAACAAUACCGAAAAGCUUCGCGAAUCACACAGAGAGCCUAUCAAACUUAUCCAAGGACGCCGAUCUCGACAUGGUACCGACGUGCAUGGCAAUAUCUCACGCAGGCACUAAGCUUCCGCAUACCACUUGAUCCCGUCAUCGACCAGGAGAUGUCCUUGGAAUCGGCUUCAAGUCCUCCACUACGACGCCAUUGUUGGACACUCACUCACGGCUUCUAUGCCGCUAUGGGGGGCUUUGCAAUCCAAGCAGAGAAUCUCGGCCUUGGUCAUCCCGAAGAAAUGACGACUCUUAUAUUAGACGAAGCUGGCUUGCUAUACGUCCUGGACAAACUGCCUGAAGUCUUUCCCGAUCUUCCGGAAUCUGAGAUAUUGGACAAGAGCAAGGCUAGCACGCUUGCAAAAAGCAUCGUGUGCUUGCAAGCUCUAUGGUUCUGCAUUCAAUGUGUGGCUCGAAUGAUGCAAGGUGCCUCUAUCAGUCUCCUGGAACUAAAUGUACUGGGGCCAUUGCUUAUGUACCUUUGUUACCCUAGCCUUUUGGUUGUUACUGAUAGCCUACGUCAGCACGUCGCAUUAAUGAACCUUUUCGGUGGCCAAGAGGACGCUCCUCCACCGCCUCCGACCUGGCCCGACCUAAAGUUCCAUGGGCAACCAGGAGUGUCUAUUUCAGGUUGCCUGACGUCUUUCAACCAUCCUGAGCGAGAUUGUAACUCAAUUGCACAUCAUGACGAGUGCUUCUCUGGCAUCCAUUGCUCUGGAAAGAGCAAAGAAAUAGACAGUUUUGAUCUCUCUCUGAGUAUCAACAUAUACCAAUUCUGGAUCACGUAUAGCUGGUGCAUCUCAAAUCCUAAGAACUUGGCUAGACCGACACCUCUAGCCACACAGCAGUUUGUCUUUGACGUAACACCUGAGAUGGAGGAAAGACUAAAGCAGGCAGCGGAAACGGGGCCAGUGAGUAUCAAUGAGUACCACGGCGAGGUAUACUCCAUCGAUCGGAUUAGAAAUUGGUCUCUCUCGCCAAACAUCCUGUACAUGGCAGCAACCUUCCGAGAGGUUCCGAUCCUUCCCGUUCUCACGAUAGUAGAGUUACUAUACGGCGGUCUCCACCUACUCGCCUGGAACGCCCCAUUCAACACCAGCAUCGAGAGGAUCAUGUGGCAGAUCUCGGGCAUCGCGAUAGCAAUCGUUGGCCCUCUAUUUCCCGUACUCUAUCAAGCAUGGCACCAUGGACGUUUUCAUCCUUUCGAACUUUAUCACUCCGGAAGACCGCUCACAGCCCAUAGAAAGAAGCUGGAAGCGUUCAUCUUUGACUGCUACGCUCCUCUCUACCUUCUGGCGAGGCUUUAUCUGGUUGUCGAAUGCUUUGUUGACUUGCCAUAUCUCCCCGACUCGGCUUUCACGACUCCAAAUUUCACGCUAUACAUACCACACUUUGCCUAGGACGGCUCAUGUAUAGGCACGGAUGUGUGCUACGAUAGAU